ACCUGGGUGUGCUGUUUUGUCGCGAAGUACACCUGCCCAAAUUUGAGACGGAGCGUCGAGCUUGUUGGUGUGGAUUUUGGAAAAGCCUUUAGGAAAACACUCUUAUGCCGGUUUCUUCGCUUCAGGAUUUUUAUAAAGAUCAAUUCGAUUCCGGGCUGUUUCCACCGAGCUGACUAACGCACAUCAGAGCUGUCAAUAGCUCAACGAGGAAGUGCGCGCUUGAGUCGUCGGUGUCGUCGCACGGGCCGUGUGUCUACCUACGGCUACAUGUCGUAUAUUAAUGUUUCUUUAGUCUCUCAUGUACGUAGUGUAUUUAUUAUUUUAGUCCCAGUGCGAUGUUCAGCGUAAAGUGACGUUUUGGUAAAGUAAUUCGAGUUUGAUCGCACUAAACUCUCUCAGGUGUUGACACUAUCAGGAUGAAUUAUUCCGGAUAUACUACAGCAAAUUUCAUCUCUCUGUCAGUGGAUUCAGAUAAAAACAUGGAUAAUUCAGCCCCUUUGUCAUCAUACUCAGUGCUGUCGAAUAUAACCAGCAUGUCAAACAUGACCGUGAUCAGAUCAAGUAAUGGGACUGAAGUAGUGGGGGAUGACCAGAUCUUCCUUAACACCCCCACUGCUCAAGCUCUGUCAGGGAUUUUCGUUUGGUCUGCGCUCAUCAUCACCUGUCAUCAGAUAUACCUGCACCUAAGGUCGUACACGGUGCCAAAUGAGCAGCGCUACAUCAUCCGCAUCCUUUUCAUCGUUCCCAUCUAUGCUUUCGACUCCUGGCUCAGCCUGCUGUUCAUCAGUAAUGCCCAGUAUUAUGUGUAUUUCGACUCCGUUCGGGACUGUUAUGAAGCAUUUGUGAUAUACAACUUCCUGAGUCUAUCUUUUGAGUACCUUGGAGGAGAAAGUGCCAUCAUGUCGGAAAUAAGAGGAAAACCUAUUCAGUCAAGUUGCCUUUACGGGACGUGCUGUUUGGGAGGAAUGAGUUACUCCAUUGGCUUCCUGAGAUUCUGCAAGCAGGCCACACUUCAGUUCUGUGUCGUGAAGCCCAUCAUGGCUGUCAUCACCAUCCUUCUGCAGGCUUUUGGCAAAUAUCACGAUGGAGACUUUAAUGUAACGGGAGGUUACCUUUACAUCACCAUCAUCUACAACAUUUCUGUCAGUUUGGCUCUCUAUGCCCUCUUUCUCUUCUACUUUGCGACCAGUGACCUUCUGAGACCUUUUGAGCCUGUGCUCAAAUUCCUCACCAUCAAAUCCGUCAUCUUCCUCUCCUUCUGGCAAGGUAUGGUAUUGGCCAUUCUGGAGCGAUGUGGUGUGAUCCCAGAAGCUCUGGUCAUUGAUGGUAAUGAGGUGGGGGCUGGUACAGUGGCUGCUGGUUGGCAGAACUUCAUCAUCUGCAUUGAAAUGUUCUUUGCCGCCAUCGCCCUCCGCUACGCCUUCACCUCCAGUGUGUACCGCGAGAAGAAGAGUGAAGCACCAGAGAAUGUAGCACCUAUGCACAGCAUAUCCAGUGGCCUGAAGGAGACCAUUAACCCUGGAGACAUGGUUCAGGAUGCAAUCCACAACUUCUCUCCGGCUUACCAACAGUACACCCAGCAGUCCACCCAGGAAGUGGUGCAACCCAACAUGAAUGGCAAACCGGCGAUCAGCACCUCCAAGAGUUCAAAGAAAUCUGACAAAGUGAUGCUGAUCGACACUGAUGAUGAGUUCUAGUGCCCCGUCUGUCCCGAUCUUUCUAUUUAUUUAAUCCGAAAUGUAUUUGACUCUCUAUAACUUUAAUGAGGAUAGUAAUCAUGUAAAUCAGCUCAUGAUUUUUAAAAAAGAGAGCUCAGUGAAGGGAUCUGAACAGUUUCCUGACAAGGAAUAAAAGUAGACUGUGUCAGGUAGGGGUUGUUUUGUUUUCCUCGUUGUAGUCCUGGAGCUCAUCCUUUCCUGGUCCUCUGUAGUGGUGGAUGAUCCAGCCCUGUAAUGGAGAGUCCAUUUCUCUUCUCUGACCCGUUCUGAGGCAUGGCCGAUAAACAUGAGGCAAGGGGUGCUGUUCAGAUGGAAUGAAUCAGGGACUGACACUUUAGAGACCUAUUAUUGCAUCUGGUCGUUUGAAGUAUUUGCUCAGCAGCCCUCUGCUGGGUCUCAGGAUGAAUUGAACUGGCUCUCAAAGAUGCCCUGUCUUUGGAGAUCGCACUUCAAACUGUUGUCUGCUGCUCUCUGAAACCUUUGUAUCAAUCAUGCCACACGGACAAAGUGGGGGACCGAGCAUUGCCCCCGCUUGAUUUGGAGGUUCAUUAAUUUUCACACCAGGCCUUCAAAGAGUGUGAGAUCUGAUGCAAAAACGCAAGUCUCAGCCAUCAUUGCGUAUAUCAAUUGCAAAUCAUUUGUAUUCAGCCAUUAUUUGGUUGGUUAAAGCUUUAACCUGUGACAUUGUCAGUGUAUAAUGGCACAUGUGUUACUGGGGCAUGUUAAUGUUAAAUUAUGUUGUUUAGUUCUCAACUGUUUGCCGUUAAAAGGCAGUUUGCCUAAAUGUGACCCUGGGCCAUAAAACCAGUCUUAAGUUGCUGGGGUAUAUUUGUAGCAAUAGCCAA